AGCCGCGGGCGAAAACGCUAUUCCAUAGUUAUAGCCUUGUUAACUGCUCCAUAUACAUCCUAGGAAUAGAAUUGUACUUAUAUGUGCGGGGCAUGCAGUCAAAACCGUUGAUUGUGGGGGUUAUGUCAAUCUCCUCUGGAGGCACCAUGGCUUUGAAGAUGAAGUGCGUGAAGUGAAGUAGAUAAAGGGCUCUAUGGGCCAAAGCCUCACCGAGACACGCAAGUGUAAGGGUGGUUUCCACACUACUGAAGAACGAAGAAACGUUAUCAGCAUGAUGGCCCAAACACAUAAGCAGAAUGACUAAAGAGGAAACUUCUGAGGUGGAAGAGGCCCAGCCGGCCUCUGAGUUCAUCAGCCCUGCUCACGAACCCCGCAAGAAACCCAUAGUGCAUCCAUCUGCACAGGCUCCACUGCCCAAGGACUACGCGUUUACCUUCUUUGAUCCAAAUGAUCCGGCCUGCAUGGAGAUUCUGACAGACCCUCGGACCACAAUCCCAGAACUGUUCGCCAUUAUCCGCCAAUGGGUUCCACAAGUUCAACACAAGAUUGACGUCAUAGGCAAUGAGAUAUUAAAGCGAGGUUGCCAUGUGAAUGACCGUGACGGCCUGACGGAUAUGACUCUUCUCCACUACUGCUGCAAAGCAGGAGCUCAUGGAGUGGGUGAUCCUCAGGCAGCUCUCCGGCUGUCCAGUCAGCUGAUAGCUCUGGGAGCUGAUGUGAGUCUACGCAGUCGUUGGACCAACAUGAAUGCCCUCCAUUAUGCGGCUUACUUCGAUGUGCCAGAACUGAUUCGUGUUCUGCUCAAAGCCUCCAAGCCUAAGGUGCUUAACUCCACCUGCAGUGACUUUUAUCAUGGCACAGCCCUGCACAUCGCCGCCUCCAACCUCUGUCUGGGUGCUGUCAAGUGUCUGCUGGAGCAUGGAGCCAACCCUACUGUCAGAAAUGAUAAGGGUCAAGGCCCUGCUGAGGUUGUUCCUGACCCCAUGGACAUGAGUCUAGAUAAAGCAGAGGCCGCCAUGGUGGCUAAAGAGCUGAAACAGUUGCUGCUGGAUGCAGUGCCGCUCAGCUGUAACCUGCCCCGUGCCACCCUGCCCAACUAUGACAACAUCCCCGGCAACCUCAUGCUUUCCUCCCUGGGCCUCAAACUAGGGGACCGUGUGGUGCUGGAUGACACAAAGGCUGGCACCCUCCGUUUCUGCGGGACCACUGAGUUUGCUAGUGGGCAGUGGGUUGGUAUUGAGCUGGACGAGCCAGAGGGCAAGAACGACGGGAGUGUGGGUGGGAUCCGCUAUUUUAUUUGCCCCCCAAAACAAGGCAUCUUCGCCCCUGUGUCAAAAAUCAGCAAAGCGCUUGAGCAGACCCCCUCUUCAGUCACCUCCACGCCAAAAACCCCUCGCAUGGAUUUGUCUCGUGUAACCGGCAAGAAUAAAAAAGAGAAAAAAGAGAAAGAUAAGACUCCAAGAAAGAAGUCUUUGCCCGGGGUCAGUUUGGAUCCUGAUGGAGUCAAGGUUGAGGUUGGGGAUCAGGUGUUGGUGGCAGGCCAAAAGCAAGGGAUUGUCCGCUUUUUUGGCAAGACAGACUUUGCUCCUGGAUAUUGGUUUGGUGUGGAGUUGGAACAGCCCACUGGAAAGCACGAUGGCAGUGUAUUUGGAGUGCGUUACUUCCACUGUCUGCCCAAAUAUGGGGUUUUUGCACCACCAUCCCGUGUUCAGAGAAUUGCAGGGCCCAAAGACCCUCAGGGUGAUGGGACACUAGUGAAGAAAGUCCACCAGGUGACGAUGUCCCAGCCGAAGCGUAAUUUUAAUGCGAUCCGUUCUCCAAAAGACAUAACAUCUGAAAGUUCCAUAUCCAGCAGGUUGCUGUUCUGUUGCUGGUUUCCCUGGAUGCUCCGUGCUGAGAUGCAGUCCUAAAUCCGCUGGUUACAUCUUUAAUUCUAUCUCCCCCUCUUUUUCUGUUCCUCCUCAAGAUAAAUCUCACCCACUCGGUGUAUUUCCAUUAUUCGUAUGUGCUUCUCUUUGUGAACUACCCAGACUGCUGUCCCGCCCCUUUGACAGUAACUCAAUAGCAAAAAAAUAGUGCCUUGUCAAGUAACUAACAACCUGCAUUCCGAUGAUUGAAUUAUAGACAAACAAUCUUUUAUGAAAUCAAAAUAAGGGAAAAUCAUUCCUACUUAAAAGCCAUUCAUAUCUCUCUUUUUUUUUUUUUUUGCUAAACCACUGUGGGUAGAUUAAUGGCAGUAUUCAAGCUAGAUAAUACAGUCAUAAUCCACAAGCAAAUAGGCUUGUGCAUAAAUUUUUAUUUAUAAAGGUGCUUUUUUGUUUUGUUUGUAAACAUGCUGCUGCAUUAUGCACCUUUGCUGUCUUAAGUUACAGUAUUUUAUAGCAUACAGACUUAGAUUUUUUAAGUUUCAAAUGCCUUUAAGUGAACUAGUAGGUGACGUUAUUAGUAAACAUAAAAUGUUUCAUUGUAACUGUAGUCUGAAAAUACUGAUGCUGCCAAGAGGGGUCAUCUACAGUGAAACUGUAAGCAUAUAGCUUAAAAGAUAUUAAUAUGUUGCAUGAAAUAAGCAGCCAUGUGCACGUUUUUAGGUCAUAAAUUGAUCUGAAAUGAGGCGAGAGGCCUGCUUUAGAUAUUAUAAGCUAACAAAUCACAUUUAAUUUAAUUAAAAUCGACCAAAGCUCAAGCUCCAUGAUAUAGCAAAAGCUAAAUAAUCUCUUUCUUCAGAAUAAUGUACUAAGAACCACAUCAAUAAUACAACUCUUAAAAGGAGGCAUGUUCAUUCUUGACCUUUCAUAAAAACGAGGUGAUAAUAAGCAUUUUUUGUUUAUUUUAUAAACCUAAAUAUCCAUAAGGAUUACAAUCAUGUUUCUCUUACCAAAAAAAUAAUAAAAUAAAAUUAUUAAAACAAAUUAUAGUUCAUCUAGUAUAGUUUAAUGUGAAGUACAGUUUAUAUUUUAACAUAAAUCCUCAUCUAUUGUCUACAGUCUACUGUAUAAAAGUUGUUAGGCCAGACUACCUAUUCCUUCGCUUUCAUUUUUCACUCGGAUCAGUUUUGUAAAUGCUGUUCUUUAAAGUACUGAUUGUGAAAACUUUAUGUGCUUAUGAUAUUGUAAUCAAGUGUGUGGGUAACAGCAAUAUUUACUCCGUGUGAACAUGCUAUAUGAAUAUGGAUAGAAACUAUUUCUACUUUAUUACCACCUAUGGAAGCACAGCAUGAGUAAAAGUGUCUGUCCCUAAUAGAGCUGGGAUCAAUUAACAAUAGGUGAAAUCACUACAGUGAUCCCAGAGUGGAUAGAUUUUAUUAAGGAGAGAAUGAUGAAAACAACAGCUUGGCUUGUG